AUGUCGGAAUCGGUGGAAGAUGAAAAAGGCCCCGCUCCACCAUACUCCAGUGAGGAAGCAGAGCCAUUCAUAGAAGGCGUGGAGGCCGCGUUGGCCUGUUGGCGUUACUCAAUGGACGGAGUGGUGAUGAACGGAACGGACACCCUAAACUCUACCACCAGUUCACAGGCUCAGAAGAAGAGGCAACAUUACAGCAAACACAAGAACCAGGGAGCAAGUGGGGUACACAGGAACCCCAGGGCUCUCUUUUGUCUGUAUCUCAACAACCCCAUCCGCAGGGCUUGUAUCAGCAUCGUGGAGUGGAAACCUUUUGAUAUCCUCAUCCUGAUGACCAUUUUUGCAAACUGUGUAGCGUUGGGUGUAUAUAUACCCUUCCCUGAAGAUGACUCCAACGUGGCCAACCACAACCUGGAACAAGUGGAGUAUAUCUUCCUGAUCAUUUUCACCGUGGAGAGCUUUCUGAAAAUCAUUGCCUAUGGGCUGGUCAUGCACCCGAGUGCCUACAUCCGAAACGGCUGGAACUUGCUUGACUUUGUCAUCGUCGUUAUUGGGCUCUUCAGUGUAAUUUUGGAGCAGUUUUCUCACAAACAAGGAGAUGCACACCACAUGAGCGGGAAGCCAGGGGGGUUUGAUGUGAAGGCCCUCCGUGCGUUUCGUGUCCUGAGACCCCUCAGAUUGGUGUCCGGUGUCCCAAGUUUACACAUUGUGUUAAAUUCCAUAAUGAAAGCCAUGGUCCCUCUGUUACACAUCGCUUUGCUUGUCCUGUUUGUCAUCAUUAUCUAUGCCAUUAUUGGUCUGGAGCUCUUCAUUGGAAGGAUGCACAAGACAUGCUUUUACAUUGGCACGGAGAUCAUCGCUGAGGAAGAGCCUGCUCCGUGUGCUUUUUCUGGACAUGGGAGGGAAUGUCACGCUAACAACACAGAGUGUAGAGGCAGGUGGGAAGGACCCAACGGGGGAAUCACAAACUUCGAUAAUUUCUUCUUCGCCAUGUUGACUGUUUUCCAGUGUAUCACCAUGGAAGGCUGGACAGAUGUCCUAUACUGGAUGCAGGACGCAAUGGGCCAUGAGCUUCCUUGGGUGUAUUUUGUCAGUUUAGUUAUUUUUGGAUCAUUCUUCGUCUUGAACCUUGUUUUGGGUGUGUUGAGCGGUGAGUUUUCCAAGGAAAGAGAGAAAGCCAAAGCACGUGGGGACUUCCAGAAGUUGCGAGAGAAACAACAAAUGGAGGAAGAUCUAAAAGGUUAUCUGGACUGGAUCACACAAGCCGAGGACAUCGAGCCAGAACGAGAUGAGCGAGACGACAGGCACAACCGCGUCACUCUGGCUGAUUUGACUGGCAGGAGGAAAGGGAGACUUCAGUGGUUCAUGCAUCCUAACCAUUCCUCCGAGACCCACACCAGCCUUCCUGGCAGUGAAACCACUUCACUUAACACAGAGAAUAUAGACGAGGAACAUACAAACUGCUGCUCCCUGUGUAUGAGUAAGAUUUCCCAGACUGGAUGCUGCCGCAGGUUCAAACGCUGGAACCGGGCGUUCAGACGGAAAUGUCGCCAGGCUGUUAAAUCCGUCACCUUCUACUGGAUGGUCCUGAUUUUAGUUUUCCUUAACACGUUGACUAUUGCAUCUGAACAUUACCUCCAGCCGGAAUGGCUGACUCAGAUACAAGGCUAUGCCAACAAAGUCCUGCUUUCACUGUUCACCCUGGAGAUGUUGCUCAAACUGUACAGUUUAGGAUUCCAUGCCUACUUUAUGUCCUUCUUCAAUCGUUUUGACUGCUUUGUGGUGUGCGGUGGGAUUCUGGAGACAGUCCUCGUGGAAUUUCACAUCAUGUCCCCUUUGGGCAUCUCCGUGCUGCGAUGUGUGCGCCUACUAAGGAUCUUUAAAGUCACAAGGCACUGGGCAUCGUUAAGUAACCUUGUUGCCUCUCUACUGAACUCUAUGAAGUCUAUUGCUUCCCUGCUGCUGCUCCUUUUUCUCUUUAUCAUCAUCUUCUCCUUGCUUGGCAUGCAACUUUUUGGGGGGAAAUUCAACUUCGAUGAGACACAGACCAAGAGAAGCACGUUUGACACAUUUCCCCAGGCUCUACUCACUGUCUUCCAGAUCCUGACCGGUGAGGACUGGAACGCAGUGAUGUAUGACGGAAUCAUGGCGUACGGAGGACCAUUUUUUCCAGGAAUGCUCGUCUGCAUCUAUUUCAUCAUCCUCUUUAUAUGCGGAAAUUAUAUUCUACUGAAUGUCUUCUUGGCUAUCGCUGUGGACAAUUUGGCCGAUGGUGACAACAUCAACUGCAAGGACAAGAAGGGAGGAAAGAAAACAGGGAAAAAGGAAGAAAAUUCUGUAAAGGUUACCUGCGAGGAGGAAAAUGAGGAUGAAGAGGGUAGUGAUGCAUCUGAGGAAGAGGAGGAUGAGGAGGGCAGCCUCCCAGAUUCUCACCUGGAUAAACUUGCAGAGUUUGCCCCUAAGGAGAAGGUACUUCCAAUUCCAGAGGGCAGCGCCUUCUUCAUUCUCAGUAACACCAACCUGCUCCGUGUUGGCUGCCACCGACUUAUCCACCACCAUAUUUUCACCAACCUUAUUCUGGUCUUCAUCAUCCUCAGCAGCAUCUCGCUGGCAGCCGAGGAUCCGAUCCGAGCGCACUCCUUCCGUAACCAUAUUUUGGGGUAUUUUGACUACGCUUUCACUUCCAUCUUCACAGUGGAGAUUUUACUGAAGAUGACUGCAUACGGUGCCUUCUUGCACAAGGGUUCCUUCUGCAGGAACUGGUUCAAUCUUCUGGAUCUUCUAGUGGUUAGCGUGUCUCUCAUCUCCUUUGGGAUUCACUCCAGUGCCAUCUCGGUUGUAAAAAUACUGAGAGUUCUUAGGGUGCUACGUCCACUCAGGGCUAUCAACAGAGCCAAGGGUCUGAAGCACGUGGUUCAGUGUGUCUUUGUUGCGAUCCGCACUAUUGGGAAUAUCAUGAUAGUGACCACCCUGUUGCAGUUCAUGUUUGCCUGUAUAGGUGUGCAGCUCUUUAAGGGAAAGUUCUACAGCUGCACAGAUGAGGCCAAACACAGUCCCGAGGAGUGCAAGGGAACCUUCAUUGUGUAUAAAGACGGGGAUGUCACACAUCCCAUGGUACGGGAGAGAAUCUGGCACAACAGUGACUUCAACUUUGACAAUGUCCUCUCUGGCAUGAUGGCGCUUUUUACUGUGUCCACUUUCGAAGGCUGGCCAGCGCUUCUGUACAAAGCCAUUGAUGCCAACGGGGAGAAUGUGGGGCCGAUUUACAACUACCGCGUGGAGAUCUCCAUCUUCUUCAUCGUCUACAUUAUCAUUAUUGCCUUCUUCAUGAUGAACAUCUUCGUUGGCUUUGUGAUCAUCACCUUCAGAGCUCAAGGAGAACAAGAGUAUAAGAACUGCGAGCUGGACAAGAACCAGCGUCAGUGUGUAGAAUAUGCGUUGAAGGCUCAGCCCCUGCGCAGAUACAUCCCCAAGCAGAAAUACCAGUACAAGGUCUGGUACAUGGUCAACUCUACCGGCUUUGAAUACAUCAUGUUUGUGCUCAUUCUUCUCAACACAAUCGCCCUUGCCAUGCAGCAUUAUGAACAGUCAAAGCCUUUUAAUUAUGCCAUGGAUAUUCUGAACAUGGUAUUCACUGGACUCUUCACCGUGGAGAUGGUGCUGAAACUCAUCGCUUUCAGACCCAAGCAUUAUUUCUGUGAUGCCUGGAACACGUUUGAUGCUCUCAUUGUGGUGGGCAGCCUUGUGGAUAUUGCAGUAACUGAGGUCAAUAAUGGAUGGCAUGUUGGAGAGACUUCCGAGGACAGCUCCCGAAUUUCCAUAACAUUCUUCCGUCUGUUUCGUGUGAUGCGUUUGGUGAAACUGCUCAGUAAAGGAGAAGGUAUCAGGACCCUGCUGUGGACAUUUAUUAAAUCAUUUCAGGCUCUGCCAUAUGUUGCCUUGCUAAUUGCUAUGAUAUUUUUCAUCUAUGCCGUCAUCGGUAUGCAGACAUUUGGUAAAAUCGCCAUGCAAGAUGGGACUCAAAUCAACAGAAAUAACAACUUCCAAACCUUCCCCCAAGCCGUCCUGCUCCUCUUCAGGUGUGCGACGGGAGAGGCAUGGCAGGAGAUCAUGUUGGCCAGUUUGCCCGGCAAACGAUGUGACAUUGAGUCUGACUUUGCUCCGGAAGAGGAAUUUACAUGUGGCAGUAACUUUGCUAUUGUGUAUUUCAUCAGCUUCUUCAUGCUCUGCGCAUUUCUGAUUAUAAAUUUGUUUGUGGCCGUCAUCAUGGAUAACUUUGAUUACCUCACAAGAGAUUGGUCUAUCCUGGGCCCUCAUCAUCUGGAUGAGUUUAAGAGAAUCUGGUCUGAGUACGACCCAGAAGCCAAGGGCCGCAUCAAACACCUGGAUGUGGUUACCUUGCUGCGCAGGAUUCAGCCUCCUCUUGGAUUUGGCAAAUUGUGUCCACAUCGUGUGGCAUGUAAGAGACUGGUUGCCAUGAAUAUGCCUCUGAAUUCGGAUGGGACUGUGACCUUUAAUGCCACCCUUUUUGCCCUAGUCCGGACCUCAUUAAGGAUCAAAACUGAAGGAAAUCUGGAUGCUGCUAAUGAGGAACUGAGAGCUGUAAUCAAGAAGAUUUGGAAAAGGACCAAGCAGAAGAUACUGGAUGAGGUUAUCCCACCUCCUGAAGAGGAGGAGGUGACCGUGGGAAAGUUUUAUGCCACUUUCCUGAUCCAAGAUUACUUUCGCAAGUUUCGGCGCAGGAAAGAGAAGGGUCUCCUUGGGACAGAGAACUUGCCAAGCAAUUCAACAACAUUACAGGCCGGACUGCGGAGCCUGCAGGAUCUUGGUUCUGAAAUUCGCAGAGCUUUAUCCUGUGAGCUGGAAGAAGACGAUCUUUCUGCCUUUCGAGAGGUUGGACGCCAGGUAAGCAGAGAGGAUGGUGUCUGUGAAAAUACGAAAGCGCUGGGCACUGAAAAUAUUUCCUCUGGAUCUGUACUGUCUCUUACCAACCCCACCGGAAUAGGAGGAAAAGAGGCGCAGCCUCCAACAUCUAGGCGAUCAUCUCUAGUGAACCGUUCUGGUGGAGGUUCCAGAGACAGCCUGCUGCCACCUCCACCCAAUAUGACAACUGGCAAGAAAAGGCAACAGAGUACACGCAGAAGGAGCUCAGAUGGGAGUUGUAUUCCCCCAACGGUACAUGAACAGGAAGAGACUGCCACCGAGGAUGAGCAAAUAUCUAAGACCUCUUCACCUGUAUUGCACCCCAGCAAUGAAACUGAAAGGCAGCAGAGUUUCGAAGACAUUCUACAACGUUCAGCAUCACCUGAAGACAGGAUGAAUGCCACGGCCCCACAGACAUCUUCUCUAUCUGGACAACAGGCUAAUGGCACCCUGGAGGCAAGAGCACCCCCACGUAGGAGACUGUUGCCUCCGACUCCAGGUAGCAAAUCUGCUUUCGGUAUCCAGUGUUUAAAGAGGCAAGGAAGUUGCGAUGAUAUCCCUAUCCCAGGAACAUAUCAUCAAAAUGCGCCACCAUGCAGAACAAGAGGCCAGGGUUAUGGAAGUUCAGACUCCUGGGAUAGAACCACUUACAGCUCCACCGGUACUCAUUCUUGGGCCAAUCCCCCCAAACGCGGGCGCCUUCUAUAUGCCCCUCUGAUCUUGGUGGAAGAGGACAGCAGCUUGCCUCCGAUUCCAUGCACUCACUGGUACAGGGAGGAGGAGAGCAAGUCUCCUUACUGCACCUACACCCAGCUCCACGUGCCAGGGCCAAGGCUGACGGAAAAGCGAGGCAGUGCUGACAGCCUGGUGGAAGCGGUCUUGAUAUCAGAGGGCCUGGGACUGUACGCACGAGACCCCAAGUUUGUAGCCUUUGCCAAACGUGAGAUUGCCGAUGCCUGUCACAUGACUAUAGACGAAAUGGAGAGCGCGGCCAGCGACCUGCUCAGCCAGAGUCGAAAAGGAAGUUGGGCCGGGAGUACCGGUCGGCCCAGUGGAGAGGACAUGACCAACCAAGGUCUUUUUUACAGCGACGAAGAAUCGAUACAUUGCAGAGAUGAAGAUGAACUGAGAGACGAGAUGGCCUGUGUGUCCUCGUUCUGAUGUUAACCAUGCACUAGAUGCUUCCCUUACAAGGAGGAAAGUAGCCAAAGAAGUUACUACAAAUUGGGGAACUCAAUAGACUAAAUUGAUAAAAUAAAAAAAGAAAGAGAAUAACAGAAACUUUAAUAAAAAAAAAUAUUUAUAGAAAAAAAAUACAAAUAUAAUAAUGACUUCUUAUAUAAUGACUCAAAAUAAUAAGUCAUAAAUACUACAGAAUUAUCUGUACAAUUUGGCAGAUUUUAUGACUUUUUAUUAGGAAUGGAUUUUUUUAAAAUAAUGCUCAAAAAAAAUAAAAAUGUAAAGGCUCAUCUAUAAAAAUAUUUCAAAAUCA